GGCGUGGCUACAUGCAUGGCCAUGCCAAGCGCGGGAACUUCCCGGAACCCCCCAAGAUGCAGCUGCUGCGCUUCUUCGUGCUGCCGCAGAGCCCGGGGGGGGUCCCCGAUCUCGGGGUGCCCUCGGGUUUGGGGUCCCCCCUGACGGCGGCCAAGGAGGUGGAGCCGGGGGUGACCGGGGUGUCCUGCGAGCUCUGCUACUACCUGGGAUGGGCAGGUGAUUCCCCCCCGAGCCCCUCUGAGCUGCAGAUCCUGCGCUGGAUUUUGGGGUCCCCCCUGGCCCAGGGUGGGGACGUGGCCCAGAGGAGCUUCCUGAGCCCCCAGGGCCCCCACGUGCUGCUGGAGAUCGGGCCCAGGCUGGGGGUGUGCACCCCCCUGUCCACCAACGCCGUGUCCCUGUGCCACGCGGCCGGGCUGAGCCGGGUGCGGCGCCUGGAGAGAUCCCGCAGGAUCCUGCUGCAGCUGUCGUCCCCGGCGUCCCCCGAGGCGCGCGUCCGUCUGUCCCGCGCGCUGCGUGACCCGGUGACGGAGCAGCUGUACCCGGAGCCCCUGCGCACCUUCGACGUGCCCGCGGCGCCCGUGCCCGUCACCACCAUCGACGUCCUGGCACGGGGACAGAGCGCGCUCAGGGAGGCGGACGCCGAGCUGGGCCUGGCCUUCGACUCGUGGGACCUGGAGUUCUACACUCAGCUCUUCCAGAAGGCCGGGAGGAACCCGACCUCCGUGGAGCUCUUUGACCUGGCCCAGAGCAACAGCGAGCACAGCCGCCAUUGGUUCUUCCGGGGUCACGUGACCGUGGACGGGCGGCCGGUGGGCGUGUCCCUGUUCCGCUCCCUGAUGGACACCCAGAGCUCCUCCCACCCCAACAACGUCAUCAAGUUCUGCGACAACAGCAGCGCCAUCCGCGGCGUCCCCGUGGCCGCGCUGUGGCCGCAGAACCCGGCCGGGCCCGGCCCCUACGAGAGGAGAACGAGCGUCCGGCACGUGACCUUCACCGCCGAGACACACAACUUCCCCACCGCCGUGGCCCCGUUCAGCGGCGCCACCACCGGCACCGGGGGCCGGAUCCGGGACGUGCAGAGCACGGGGAGGGGAGCGCACGUGAUCGCGGGCACGGCGGGCUACUGCUUCGGGAACCUGCUCAUACCCG